UUUUUUGUUAAGUUGCCUAAUAAUUAUGCACAGUAAUAGUCACCUGCACACACAGAUAUCCCCCUAACAUAGCUAAAACUAAAAACAAACUAAAAACUACUUCCAAAAAUAUUCAGCUUUGAUAUUAAUGAGUUUUUUGGGUUCAUUGAGAACAUGGUUGUUGUUCAAUAAUAAAAUUAAUCCUCAAAAAUACAACUUGCCUAAUAAUUCUGCACUCCCUGUAUGUGUGUGUGUGUGUGUGUGUGUGUGUGUGUGUAUAUAUAUAUAUAUAUAUAUAUAUAUAUAUAUAUAUAUAUAUAUAUCUCACCAAAGAAAACCUGAAUAUUUCUGUGUGUGUAUAUUUUGUUUGGUGGUAUAUGAAAACAUAGCUUUACAAAAGCUGUAUACCUGCUGUCUGCAGCCUCUGCAAGCUCUCCCCUCUUUCCCUACAGCUCAUUGAGAAGGGGGGUAGGCAGAUGCACACCUACCACUUCUAUUGAAACACUGACACCCACAUUCACCAACAAACACAGAUUGACCCAUGCACAAACACACUGACACACACACAGCACCUAUUACCAUCAGCAGCCUGUCCCAUGCUAACUCUGCCCAUAAACCGUGUCAGCUGCUGGGAUAUGAUAUCACACUGAAUCCCAGCCACCAUGAGUUCUGAGCAUCAUAAGGAGUGGUAAGUUGCUGCCGCUGCUCACACCUCCCUGUGAGCCAGGUGGGCCCUCCCUGCCUGGCAUCAUCCCUGCUGCUUGCUCGCGGCAGAGCUAAAUAAAUAAAAUAAUCUUCCUCCAAAGCGCCUGGAACUGUACGUCCCAGACGUCGUGCAAUAUAAAUUCCACAUCCCUGAAAUGUGAUUAUUACUGCUCUUAUAGACUUUGUUUUGUGAAAGCCCAUGCGAUCCUAUUGCUGGUGGAACAUGAUGGUUAGCAUAGAUCAGGCUUCCCCAAACUCCGGCACUCCAGAUGUUGCUGAACUAAAACUCCCAUGAUUCUAUGAAUGAAAUAGGCUGAGAAUCAUGGGAGUUGUAGUUCAGCAACAUCUAGAGGGCCAGAGUUUGGGGAAGCCUGGCAUAGAUCAUAACCUGUGUAAGGUCUAUGGUUAGCCAUAACUGGUCUAUGUUUUUGGUGUUUAGUGUCCUUAGGACUGCGCAGGGCUGUCUAUUGAAACCUAUAUUUCGGCUUGUAUGCCUAUUAACGUAUAUAAAGCCUUUUGGGGUGUGUGGGUCGUAUUCUGCAAUACUGUAAGACUGACUAUAAUGGUGCCUGUUCUUGUUAUUUUUUAGGCUGUUGUUGGAGGGCUGGAGACCUCAGGAGACAUUGUCUCGGUGUCGUCAACAAACAAUGAAAUCUUUCUCCUCAAGGGGGACAGAGAUAUCAUUCGGAUCUCAGACAUGCCCGAAGGGGCAGUAUCUGGUUCGUGUUAAAUUUACACUAUUCUUUCUUUUCCAUUUCACUUUAAUACUAUUCUAGCUUUACAAAUGACAUAAUGCAUAAAUUCUGCAGAAUUUACAGAGGCAGAUGUACAAAGUGUAUAAACUCCAACCGACUAGUUGAUUGAUAUAAUGUUUAAAAAAAAAAAAAAAGUACACUUUCUUUAUUUGGGGGAGGGAGGGGAGAAAGGUUUGCAAUUUGUCAGUAUUGUUUCAGAACAGAGUCCUUAUUUUGAGAUAAAGUUUAUUAAGAUGAUAUAAGAAAUGUACGCAGUCCACUUUCAGAUGGACAUUUAAUUCUAUAAAAAUAAGCAAUUUUUUUAGUUUGUAAACUUAUAUUUAUGAAAAAGUUUGCUUUUUGGAUUCAUCACUAAUGCAACGUGAAAGCAUUUGUGUAAAACACCUACACAUAUGAUGCAAAUAAAACCUAACGGAACAUUUUGAGAUGAAAGCUGUAUUGAGGCAAUUUUUUUUUUUUUUUUUUUUUGUUUCCAAGAUAUUUAUUUAUUUUUGUCAGCCAAUGAUCUGUGCAAAGUAUACUGCGAAUUGAAGAGCUUAUUUAUUUUAUAUGUUCUGCUAAAGGGCUAUGAAUGGAGUCAAAUGCUUUGAUUUUGAAGAUUGUACCAAAUAAAUCUAUAUUCUUAUGUUAUAUAAUUUCUUAACGUUUGUUUUGUUAUUUAAACAGCGGGUCUCAGUAGCCCUUUUCGAGUGCGCGCUGUAUUCUCUCCAGAAGUAGACAGAACCCAAUUGGGAACGCUAUUUGAUGUUCAAGAAAACCCCAAAAUGGAUGGCCAUACUGUUAAGACUGAGAGGAUACAGAUUGAAACUGAAAAUGACGAAGGUGAUCUAGACGUGACGGGGGUGCAAAGAGCCCAGAGUUGCUCACUUCCUACAGAAGUAAAAAGCCGGAGCAGCUCCAUGAACUCUCUAGACAGCGGGUUCGGCUUGAAUGCCGCCCCAGACCAUAUGUCACCCAAUAAUGUGCCAAGAGGAUAUAGGUCGUCCUCACAGAGGUUCAGUGCAAUCAGUAGUGAAGAAUUCGAGCAGGAGCUUGUUGUGCAAUCCAUUAAAGUUAAAAAGAAGAAAAAGAAACGCCAAGGUAACUUUUGCAGGGUUUAAUGUUCUGAGUUUUUAAGUCUGUUUGUUUUGUGCGUUCUGUUUGAUCACUGCAGUGUAGUGCCUAUACAAAGAAUAGUCAUACCUUUGGUAUUUAUAGACUACACUUUCAGUGAAACUUUCUCUCCAUGGUCUCAAAUUGUGAUGAUAAAAAUAUACUUGACUUUGAGUGCCUAGCUCUUUGCAUCAUACAACCCUUUUUGUUCCCCCUAACAUUGUCACUUCAGCCCCCCUUUUCUAGGUCCUUUCGCCUCCUCUAUACCAUGUCUCUCACUUAUUUGACUUCACUCCAUUUAAAAAAAAAAAUUUUUUUCCCCCCAUCCCCCUUAGCCCUGCCUACUCUGACAGAAUAGCUUGAGUGGAGUUACCCUCCUCCUUACGUCAUACCAUCGGUGAAAGACGAUGAUACUGCCUGGUAUUGUCCUUAGCCAUUCCAUCAUAGGGUACUUAGAUCAGUUAAAGCGUUUAUUGUGCCUAGCCCCUAUAGUUUCCCUUUAAUUAAAAAAAAUAAAUAUAGAUAUAGAUAUAGAUAUAGAGAGAGAGAUUUAUAAAAGCAUUUGAGAAUGGAAGUAGAAAAAAUAGGGGUCCUAAAAACAGUCUCCAUUUUAAAAUGUUCCAACAAUUGAAACAUUAUGAAGAUUAACUGUUUGCUCUUUGUUUGGCAUACCAGAAAAUGGACCUAAGAAUCAUGACACUGGUUCUUUGGAGAGUACACCAAGUGUGGACAGUCCUCUGACUCUGAACUCUGACUUUUUUUCUGCAACACCCAGCUUGCCAAGUGGUAGUGUAGAUCAGCUAAGUUCCCAGGAAAGCCUGAACAGCGUAAAAUGCCAUAGUGUCAUGGAUGACAGAAGUGCCGAUGUUUUCUGUGCUUUGCAGCCUGUUGAAUCUCCAGCAGAAGCUCCCGAUAACGAUGUUGGUCCUCUCGAUGAAGGAGGAAACGUCUCAUUAGAUGUAACCGAAAAGACAAUAGUUCCUGAAAAUGACUCUGCCUCAAUGUCUUUAGACCCAUUGCAGAUGGACAACAGUCCGAAACUUCCAAUUUUGGUUGACAAGGAAAGUUUAAACUCUCAGCCUGAUGCUGAAGGUGGUUCUGUCUGUAAUUUGUUCCCUUCAGAGACUUUUGAAAAUUCUACAAAAUUGAUAGAUGCUCAAGAUUCACUGGAUAUGGGGUCUCUUGCUUUGACUAUGCAGGAAGAGACAAAUUCAUUGGAGGUCAACGAAAAACUCAGUGAAAUGGCUAAAGAGGACCAAGAACUAUUUACUACCAAUACUACUUGCCAUGUAUUCUCAAGUUUCAUUGGGAGUGGCACCUGUCAAAAUGUUUACGCAAAACAAGCCUUUAGAUCUGACAAUACAGAAAACACCAAACAUGUUCACAUGUCUGAAUCAAGUGACGAGGAAGAUAUUUACAGCCAUAGGUUUAGGCGUUCUUCUCCAGAAGAGAAUGUAACGGAGAUGGAGGCCUCUCAAGAGAUGACUCGGUCCACUCAAGAAGGAGCUUUAGUGAAAUCUGAGCAGGUAUUUUACUUUGAUUCUUGGAUAUACUUCAAAAAUUUGUUUGCAAAACCAGAAAGCCAUCAAGAACUAAUGGAACAGAAUAAAAUGGGCAAGAGUCGCUUACACUGAAAAUGAUAUCUUCAUAGCUUUUAUUUUCAUUUGAUUUAUGGGUUUGGGAAAGGAUUACAUUCUAGGGUAAAGUUCUAAGUGUGCAGUGAUCAGUAGAAUUUGUUUUCAUGAUGACCAUUCUUCAUUUAAAACGCUCCCACUGAAGUGUGCUAUUCUCACCACCCGUGGUGUAAGAGCCAAGAGUCUUUCUUUGGGAGAACCGGGCAAGGUAAAAGUUAAUAAUAAUUCAUUAAACAUAUACAUAUGCUAAUGACAAUGCUUGUUUCUGCUUGAUAGCUUGCAGAGAGCUGGAUGGUUUACUCUGGACCUGCCAGUGGGAUUCUCAGUCUGGUUGUGUCUGAAAAGUAUAUAUGGUGCUUGGACUACAAGGGCUCCCUGUAUUGCAGUGCUCUCCCUGGUGCGGGACUACGAUGGCAGAAGUUUGAAGAAUCUGUCCAGCAGGUGGCAGUUUCUCCCACAGGUUAGGUAACUUUCAUACUACUGAUGUAAGACAUGUUUACAUUGAACUCACUCCAAAUCCAUUCUGUACAACAUGUACACAAAACACCAGCACCCUGGUUUAGUGGUGUUCUGAAAAAAAAUGCCUUUUUAUUUUAUUAAGAAUACAGUUUGUGUAUGAAACACAGAGGGCUGCGCUCACAUGAACAUGCAUAAUUAUAUGGGGCCAAUUCAUACAACAUAUAACAUCCAGUGCACUCACUUAUUCAUUAAACGGCAAUUUCAAAGCUCACAGAAUACAAUGGUGUUUAUUCGUUUUUUGUUUUUUUAGUAAGUCUAUGAUCAUAUGAUUCUUUUUUUUUUAAAUAGUUUGUCACCCACCUAAUGGUACCAUUAGGACAUGGCCAGUUCCAGGUCAAACUGUUUCAAGAAAUUUAACUAAAACACGGGUCCCCAAGGUCACUGCUCGGCCGGUAAAUGUAUUUAAAGUGUUUUCAAAAUGACAGUGCUAAUCGGGAAGUGUGACUUUCACGUUUGCAAUAGAUUAGCAGAGGUUCGGGCUGUGGAUAUCUCUGCGAUCCCUGUCGAAAGCAUGUAGUUUGAAUUCUCCAAAGAGUGGCGCUGUUACUCUGGUUAUCCACGUUUGUAUUGCACCCUCUUGUUACAUUACAUUCAGUAGCAUGGCAGCUUAAAUUUGACUAUUAGGACUGUCUCGUCCAUGUCUUUUAUCAGUUAAUAACCCUUGACAAAGCCAGUCCCUAUUUCCUUGCUCCAUGAUCCUGUAUAUAAGCUGACAAUUUAGCAUAUGGUGUGUAGACUUGUUUUUUCCUUACACUUCAUGUUUGUUGGGUUUUUAUUUUUAUAUUCUGUUCUUUCUUUAGGGAACCUUCUUUGGAAAGUAGAGCAAAAGACAGACAAAGCCUUUGCUUGCGGAAAGGUAACAAUUAAAGGAAAGAGACACUGGUAUGAAGCCCUUCCUCAGGUUUCAUUUGUGGCAUUGAGUGAUGACACGGCUUGGAUCAUUCGAACAAACGGAGAUCUAUACUUGCAAACAGGUCAGUUGGAGGUUUGCUAACUCUGCUAACAUUGUCUUAACGUUGAUGAUACAUAGGGAACUGUGGACUUUAUAUUCUUUCUUAUUCUAGAUUUAUGUGGAUUCCUUAAAGUGAUUAAAAAUGUAAAAAUAAUAGUUUAAAACGUUUAAUAAUGUGUACAGAGCCCAAUAAUGCAUAAAGUAUAUACUUUUGAGAGUGGUGCCUGACUGUGAUGCUGGACUCGAUACUGGAGUGAGCUCCGGAAUGAUAACUUAUCGCAGUUAUCCAGAGAUUUUUAUACCAUCACGAUUCCUGUAACAUUCUAGGGGUUUAUAGGGGCAGGGCUCACUAUCAGCGAAUAUCUGUGGACACACAGCCAGAUAAUUAGAUGCGUGAUUUGAAGCCUGAUGCGCCCUGAGAAGUGACUAAUCUCCCUCCUGGAUCAGUCCGAACUGUUGGCUUGUGCCCCUCUGUAUAUAAGACAGAGGACCAGAGAGGAUGCACGGCCAGACAAUAAGCCCACAAUCGUGCUUAAGUCAAUAUCUUGAGUAGAGACCAAGUCGACGAUAAUAACGCUUGGAACUGGGGAAGUAUAACCACGAAUCCUUCAGAAUAGACGCCGAGCUCCGUUUGCCUAAAUUGACAAAACUCCCUCUCUGCACUGCCCUCAGUGACAUGUUUCGCAUAUGUAACCUCUUCAGAUUGGUAAUUGGGAAUCUGCAAUGAAUUCUGGUUAAAGCUGGCCACCUGAAUGCAUCAAUCUGCUGCCUCAGAAUCCACUAGUUACUAGCGUGUGGCUCCAUCUCCAGAACAGAGCGUUGUCAACUAAUUAGACCCACAUCAGAGAAAGCUGAAUACAGUCCAUCAUAAAGCCUCGGUCCCAGGGGGUCAUGCUUGGAAAUUCCCUUGGAGUCUCGGUUUCCAGGGGGGACUUUGCUGACAACACGGUGCUUAUCUCACCAUCGCAAUGCGAUACUAUAUUUGCAUAUUAUGCUUGAAGCAUCUCAUUCCAGUGCAGGACUAUGCUCUGCCCCUGGAGGGUAUAGGCUAGCCUGGAACUCUUUGGAGCCAUGCCACUCAAGAAGAUAUUAGCUUGAGACAGUGUGGCAUAAAUGUAUUCAACUGCAUAGUCUAAAGUAUAGCCAAAAUUUGGUCAAACAUGUGGAUACAUCCUUUCAUAUAAUGACCCAGACUCUCUUCCAGGGAUCUUGCGUAGAUUUCUGGAGGGCUAUUAUUAUCUCAAUGGCAACCAGCACAUGGUAAUGACUUUGCGUCUUUCUCCUACAAGGUUUGAGCGUUGAUCGUCCUUGUGCCCGAGCUGAAAAGGUUGAUUGUCCCUGCCCAUUGUCCCAGAUUUCUGCCAGGAAUAAUGUGGUUUGGGCACUUACUGAGCAACGUGGCCUACUAUACCGGGAAGGAGUGAACAGCUUCUCACCUGCAGGCGAUGAGUGGAAAUGUGAUCUCAUCAGGUAAUUUUAAGUAGUUUCUUAAAACCGAGAAACUAAUGGUAAAAUCCUUAGCAGAAGAUACUUUCUCCCUCGAUUCUUUUAAACCUAAAUAAUAAUGCAGACAUUUUCUGAUCGCAUGUGGCUCAUAACUAGUAUCUGCGAGUGACGUGGUCCUCUGGUUUUCCAUUUUUAUGUUAUCACGGUUUUGGUUUGGUUUUUUUUCUAUGUAUUUCUUAUAAAAUGUAUCUGAUUCUUGCCUGGUUGCUUUUACAUUCCCCUUUGUUUCAUGGUUCAUCAUUCUUACAAAUGAGUCAACGCUAUUUUCUUGAUUAGUAAUUCUAAAUGCACUUUUAAAAAAAAAAAAAAAAAAUUUUUUUUUUUAUUUUUUUUUAUUUUUUUAUUGAAUUUCAGUCAUAACUAUUUGUUAUGAAACAGAUAAAAUAAUGAAUAAUAAGCAUACGGCAUUAUCAAGAUGAGACCUGAAUAAAGUUGUUUAUGAAGGGAUAAAAGCAUCAACGCAAUAAUGUCCCAAUUGUGUUUAUCCCUUUUCUUCAGUGAAAGGCAAGCAUUGGAACCAGUCUGUUUGGCCAUUGGAGACCAAGAGACUGUCUGGACCCUGGAUGCUAGCGGUAACCUGUGGUUCAGGACUGGAGUAACUUCAAAAAGACCUGAAGGAGAAGAUGACCAUUGGUGGCAAGUAGGCAUUUUCUAUCUGCUUUGUGGUACUAAAUGAACAGUUCUUUUAUUAUACUUCUCAUUUAUGUUACUAUGCAUCAUUUUAGACUUCUAUGCGGUUCUUGACUUCCCAUCUUUCUCUGAUCUUCUUCCUAGACUAACAGGCUUUCAUAAACAAUAUUAAGGUCUUUCAUGGAUAUAUUGCACAUGUUUGUCAUAAAUUAAACCGUGUGCUCACAGCUGGUCAUGGGAUGGUCCAUUAACCGCACAUCUCACGCAGGUCAAUAGCACUGACCUAACGGGUGUACAGGCGGUGCGGGCACACAACAAAUACUUACGUGACUCAAGUUUGAAGCUAGACUUCUCCAUAUGAUAUCAGUUGGAGGAACCUGAAAUUCGCAUGUUAAAAAUGAGGGUGCAUGGGAAAUGUAAAGGAUAUUUUCCUGGACCUCUUUGUAGCUCCAUAACCAUUACACUAAGCUGUAGAGGUUGUGGUGAUUAGAGUGUCUCUUUAAGCCCUGCGCCCUGUAUUAACUAAAAGGAUUAAUUUAAUAUUCUGGUUGUCCUGAGGGAUGAGGAGCCUUCCUUCUUACUUGGCCUUCAGGACAUGCCUUGCCUAAACCACUUCCAUGGAAUAAACUGACAUGGAUUAGACCUACAGAGCCAGUAUAGAUAAUGUCCCUUGUAAUGGGGGCUUGGAGAAGACAUCUGGACCAGUUUAAUGUUUCUCUUGAAACUUGCAAUUAAUCAUGAUCUCUGUAAUUGUUAACCAAGAUCAGAAAUCUAUUAAAAUAAUAAUGUCCCAUUUGUAAGUUACAAAGAAAUGCAUGUAAGGAGCUUGUAUCUCUAUUUCAGAAACCAGAUAGACACGUUGCAUUCUGAGUCUAACUCCAUCUGCCUUUUGCAGGUCAGCAUCACAGAUUACGUUGUCUUCGACCACUACACCUUAUUUCAAACCUUGAUCCAGGCAACACACACUGUGGCCACCGUGGCACAGGCACCUGUUGAAAAAGUAGCCGACAAGCUUCGAAUGACGUUCUGCUCCCAGCAGACCCAGUGCCAGCCCAGCCUGCUCGGAGUCAAUAGGAGCGGUGUGUGGAUUACUUCUGGCAAAAAUGAGUUUCAUGUGGCUAAAGGAAGCCUAGUAGGUGGGUUUGUUUCAAAUAGCUAUUAAGACUAAAGGGACAAAACUGAUGGCUGGGAGUUGAGCAGGAAGUCCAGCAAAACAGUAAGCAAAUAAAAUAGAAUAGCUAUGGUUUUAAGGAGAGAUCUUGACACUUAGAACAAAGGGACAAUCUGCCACUUUAUUUAUAACUGGUGACAAUUAAUUUGGAAUAUGUGGACGUGUCCUGGAGACCGCUUCUCCACAAGGUCAGGUCUUUACUUUUUGUCUGAACACGUGUUUAGAUGCUUAGGGGGUAAGGGGUAAUUAUUUCAUUAGAAAUUGGCACUUUUCUAAAUUAACUUUGUUGCUGUUACUUCCUGUUUUUUUUAGCUCCGUUUAGCUAAACUCAAUAGACAAUUGCUCAGAGCACCUGCUUUGCAAACAUCCUUCUUGUCACUUGUGAGUCCAAGAGUCCGUUUCUUGUUCCUUCACUACAGUAAAUGCUAUUGCAAAGAUUACCAUGGUGAAAAAGCGUGGAGACAAGUCUUAAAAAAACAAACUGUACCUCCAUUGCACUUCACUGUCCCAUAAUGCUUCAGGGGUGCAUGUGUGCUCUUGAGCAUCUAUCAAAGAAAUGCUUAACACAUCUGUUCACUGGAUUUUCUGCAGAAGUGCCAUUUUAUUAUUAUUAUUAUUAUUAUUUAUAUAGCACCAACUAAUUCCGCAGCACUUUGCAAUAUUAUAAAGGUGGAAAUUUACAAUAAAUGAGACAAUUCCACAGUGACAAAGGAAAAAUGGGCAGAUGAGGACCCUGCUCAAAUGAGUCUAGACAGUCUAAACAGUCUAGAUGAGGUGGAGUACAAACACACAACAGGGCAGCAAGGGUGACAGUCACCAAACAAGGUGGAAAAGUAGCAGUGGAGUUUGGCUCUUUAGGAGAGCAAGAGACCAAUUUGGAUAAGUAUAGAUAAGUUACUCUGGAAGUCCAUAAGCAUUCCUGAACAGAUGUGUUUUGAGGGACUUCUUAAACCAUUGAAAAAGAAAGCAACCAAUCAGAAGGUUAGGAAUCAAAUUACGCAGCAUGGGAAAAUUCCAAAGAACUUUCCCACGCUGUGUAUAAUGACACAGAGCACUCUGAUUGGUUGGAUUUCAAGUCAAACAGAGGUGUGACAGGUAAAUGUAGAGACUUACCUGUCAGGUCAUUAGGUCCCCUGUCCCCAUUAUGGACCUGGGGGGACAUUAGGUCUCCCCCAUUAUUUAAUUAUUCAAGAUCCCCACCCACCAGUCAUGGGGGGGGAUAUUAGGUCCCCCCUUAAUUAGGUUCCCCACCUGCCGCUCAUGGGUGGGGCCCAGGAGGGACAUUAGGUCCCCCCCUUUAAUUGGGGUCCCCAUCUGCCGCUCAUGGGUGGGGACCUGGGGGGGACAUUAGGUUCCCUCCUUUAUUUAAUUAGGGUCCCAAUCUGCCACUCAUGGAUGGAGACCUAGGGGAAACAUUAGUUUCCCUGCAUUAUUUAAGGUCCCCAUCCCCCAGUCGUGGGGGGGGCAUUAGAUCCUCUUCAUUAUUUAGGGUGCCCACCUGCUGUUCAUGGGUGGGAACCAGGUGGAACAUUAGAUCCCCCAUUAUUUAAUUAAGGUCCACACCCUGCUGUCAUGGGUGGGGGCCUGGGGGACACCCUCAGUUUAUAUUAAUACCCCCCAUCCGUGGGUAGCAGGGGGGGCAUGAUGUCCAUCUCCCCCAUUUUGGUUCCCCACCAUAGGAGAGCCUGUGCCAGUUCCCCCCCAUGUAGUAGGGGCAUGUCUCCUAUACACACCCCAGGUGUAGUAGGAGCAUGUCUCCUAAACAGAGAGCAGCCAGUGGUUGAUUGCGGUCAUUUAAAACUAUCACUUCUAUGUAAAUCUGUAUCUUGUAUAGAAGUGAUCGAAAGCUACCGUAAGUGUAAAAAGUAGCUAGUUAGAUCAGUAGCACAGCCUUAUUGUGUUACUGAUCUAAAUUGCUACUUUUUCAUAUUGCAACAUUGUUAUAGUUUUUGCCAUAACUAUUGGUUACACGUACUCUAACUGUAGCUCUCUAUCACUUCUAAACAAGAUACUGAUUUAUAUACCGUUUUAAAUGACAGUGAGCGACAUGCUCGCGUGGAGAAUUUAACCUGUGCCAGGUCCCCCCUUAUUGCUGUUGCUGCCCAGUCACUAGUAAUGUUAAAUUUGUUUAGGCGACAUGCCCCUACUAGCAGCAUGGUUAAUGGUUAAUCAAGUAUUUAUCUAGGAUCUCUUUACCAGGGUUUCUUUGGUUUGCAGCAUUGCCUAAUGGUGGCACUAUUUAUUUAUUUAUGAGCACUUGCACUUAGAAUUAGACUAUAGCUCCAUUAUGUUCUAUUUCUGCUGUUUUUGGUUUAAUGUUUUGUCGGACCAAGAUUCCCAGCAAUUGUUUAAUGAAUCGAUCCUGAAAAUUCGGUCACUUCACAAACCAUCCAAAAGCAGAAUCUUUCGAUUGCCGGGAAUUUUAUUUGGACGAAUUGCUAAAAACGAAUUUUUGCACAUCUCUAUAACGUACUAUGCUCAACAGAACUACACCUAAAGCACUCUGAGACUAUGGCUAAUAUGACUAUUUUUAUGUGAGCAUUGCAAUCACCAGAACAGUAUAGAGCUUUUAAAAAUAACACUAAUGGGGAAAAAAGUGAAAUCAGUGACGAAUUUUGUAAAAAUUUUUUUUUUUACAUUUUCUUUUCUUUAGGAACUUAUUGGCAUAAUAUUGUUCUACGCGGUACAGCCUCAACUACCAGAUGGGCAAGUGUAUCGGCUUCUGUGUCUCCUACUGCAGAAGGUGAGUGAGCUUAUCUGUUGCACGUAGAACGGUGUAUGUUGAUGAAUUGAAAACUGAAUGGAAAACAUAAGGCAUGACUAGGUACGGUAGCUGUUGAUAUAUCGUAAAUAUAGAAUUUUUUUCAAUUUAGCUACUUUGGCCUAACGCUUGCAGGUCUUGCUUUUUAAUGAAUUAACUCCGCAGUGAAUCUGUAUCACAUUUAAUAGCAGUUGUAGAAGCUCUGUUUUUUGGGGGUGUUUUUUUGUUUAGACAUGCGAUACGGUUAUAUUUAGCAUUAUCACCAACACAAGAUAUGUGUGAAGUUAGACAUACACAGCUAUUGUACGAAACAGAAGUUUCCACGGAUUGACUUGAACAAUAUUAAAUAGUAGAGUUGAGCGGACACCUGGAUGUUCGGGUCCGGUGGGUUCGGCCGAACUUUGAAAAAAAAGUCCGGGUUCGGGAUCGAAUUUGACCCUGAACCCGAACUCCAUUGAAGUCAAUGGGGACCCGAACUUUUGGGCACAAAAAUGCCUCUAAAAAAGUCCUGGUAAAAUUUCCCACGCUGUGUAAAAUGACACGGAGCACUCUGAUUGGAUGGAUUUCAAGCUAACCAAUCAGAGUGCUCUGUGUCCUUUUACACAGCGUGGGAAAGUUCUUUGGAAUUUUCCCACGCUGUGUAAAAUGACACAGAGCACUCUGGUGGAUUUCAAGCCAACCAAUCAGAGUGCUGUGACAGGUAAAUGUAGAGACUUACCUGUCAGAGCACUCUGGAUGGCUUAAACCCAUCAAUCAGAGUGCUCUGAGCCUAAUUGCAGGGCAGGGCAAGGCUUUAUAAGGCUUCCCCUGCCCUGCAGAGCUCAGUCUGCGUGGAGCCCUCCAUGGGUGAAAAAUUGAUUAUUUUUUUGGCGCUCGUUUUUUUUAAAGUGCGUCGGUUAUUAUGGAUUUGUAUUUGGUCUUUUUUGGGGCUGAAAAAAGAUUUUAGAAGAAGGAAGACAUCAAAUGUUAAGUCUAUUUUUUUUAACAGGUAUUUAGAUAAGGGUCCCCCCCCUUUUUAGGAUGAGGGGGGUAGGUAGGGGAUUUUUUUGGGGGGUAAGGGGGAUGACUAGGGGUUUGGGGACCCCUAGUCACCUCAGCGGGGGCGGGGGGUUAAUAUUUAGAACCUCCACCCGCCGCUCAGGGGUGGGGGCCAGCGGGGAGGACAGAACAUUAGGUGUGUGUGUCCCCAAUUUUUAUUUAUGGCCCCCACAAUUUUUAUUUAUGGCCCCCACCCACCGUUCAGGGCAUGUGUGAAAUGUCAUGAUUGCCUUUUAUUCCAGAAGUUUGGUCCUUAAGGGGGUUAAAAGCCCCCACUAGCGGGUGCGGGCAAUGUUUUUUUUGUUGUUUUUUUACAGUGAGCAGCCACAGCGAGUAGGGGCAAAAUGUAUUAGUACUAAGUAACCAGCUUAUAUAGAGGCUGGGUCACAUGCUGCACUGGCCAAUCACAGCCAUGCCAUUAGUAGGCAUGUCUGUGAUGGCUUCUAAGGGCACACGAGUCAAACGCUUGUUGAUUGGCUGCCUUGCAACCUUUCAAAACGCGUCAUUAAAUCGCCGAACUCCAACACGAACAUACAGUGAUAUGUCCUUGUUCGGGUCCGGGGUCCAAAAAACGUAAUGUUCGGUAUGAACUCUAUUAAAUAGUCCUCAUGCAAUAACUUUGAAGCUAGGCCUGUGCUAUAGUUGGUGAUAAGAACACUGAGAACAACAACGUUGGCCCUGAUAAAUAUAUAUCCACCAGGUAAAUCUAAGAUAGACAGCAGUGCUGGGAAGUGGAUCUGUCAUAUUGGCUUAAUCAAAAUCGAGGUAAGCAUUAGAUAAGACACUGAAAAACUAUUUUAAGCAGCAGUCGGAGCUCAGUGACUCACCUGGCAUAAUGAGGUUGCUACAGUCACUUAUUAAGUAACUUAGACUUACUAGAACCAGGUAUCAAUCAGCCAGCCAGCUAGGCAGGUUGCUCCAAGUCUGCGUAGGAGAAGGUGAGUAUUGUCGCCUCCGCACCAUACCAGCAAUGCAGGAUGGAUUGGUUCAUGUAGAGCUACAUGUUGGUGCCCCAAAACCUCAACUUUUAGUAGGAUUAUUUUUGUUUUUUUGUUUGUUUUUCAAAAAGAAUGGCAAUGGAAUGUUGCAUUUUAGGUUAAAAUAGUGUGUUUAAAAAAGUUUUUAAAAAUCUAAAGUGGCUAUAUGUAAGACCGUUCACCUCUCUCAACAUUUUGAAUUUGUUCCAUAUUAUUUUUCUGCACAAAUUCUAAUACAGUGUGAAAUAGUUGCCCUCCACAUGGGCAUAUUUUGCAUUUUUGAACAUAUUUUGAACAUGUAAUAUUUUCUUAAAAUAUUCCCAUAUCUUGUGAUGCGUUUUACAGCUAUCCUGGAUCAUUGUGAUACUUGGCACAUAAUUAAUUAUAUGUCCUAUAGUUUUUCAAUACUUAUAUUUUUGUUUUCCCUCCUUCUUUCUCUCCAGGAAGUGUGCUUUGGAUUUGUCAAAGCAGAAAGGAUCUGUUCUGUUUGACGGAUCUGAACCCUCCAUUUAGACCUUCCACGGUCCAACUCCCACCGGACACUGAAAUGAUCCACAUCUCCGCUUGUCCAGACGCUGUAUGGGCACUAGAUAUUCAUGGAGGCGUGUUCAUCCGAACACUUUCCAAGACCUGCCCAACGGGAAUGCAUUGGACGCGACUUGAUCUGUCUCAGCUUGGUAAGGAUGUCUUGGUUUGCGAUCUCCACCUAGAGAACCUGUACACCGCCCCACCUCUUACACUGCCCAGAUUUACUGACCCAUAGACUUAUCAGUUCUUUCUCAUAACCUAAAUCCAUUUCCAAUUUGAAACAUGUGCUACUAAGUCUAGGAAAAUAGGCAGUUUAACAGCAUCAACUGAACAAGAGGGGAGAUUAACGGUUAGUGGAAGAGAUUACUUGCCAGAAAGGCUGUAGAUACCAGGAGUGGCCUACAGGUGCUGUAGACGAGGGGGGAAAUUUAAUGAAAUUCAAAGAAUACGUGGGAAGGGUAAAAAGUAGAAUAAAUAAAAUAAGUAUGCGAUUUCAUAAUUAGAGUAGGUGAAGCCCAAAGGUUCUUAGCCACUGUCAUAUUCUGUUACACCAUAACUCUUUGCUUGCGGUAUCUUGCAACUUAUACAUAGUCUCUUUAAACCUAUUGCUUUAUCAGAGUGAUGAUGCAAUAACAUGUACUUUUUGAGAAUAAUGUUAAUGUCCUAUUAUGCUGUGCUGGGCACUGCAUUGCUCAAUGGGAGGCAUCCAACGUGCUAGCAAGUUGCAUAGUCUUUCUAUGAAAUAAACACACAAAUGUGUCCCCUAAAUUUAUUUUUUAGCUAGAGUAGUUUCUAACGCACAAUAGCAACUGUUGCUGGUCCCAACCUCUUUUUAAUGGAAGUAGAUAAGAAUAAAUAGGCGCCAAUCUUAAAUACAAAACAAUUAUAAUAAUAAUCAAAGCCUAGUUAAGGGUCGAUAAGUACAACUACAUCUGGCCCCUCUUUAUUUCUUUGUGUACUGCAAUGUUGUGGGGGGUUUGGUGCAGUGUAGAUAAUAUGUAGUAGGAAGCGUGAAUGCAGCUCUUUAAACUCCUAUUUCUGCUGGAGGAGAUCCUGCAUUAUGUGCACAGUGACAUGAUUUCUUGCUAUAGAGAAUACAGUGUUCUCUUGAGAUCAAAAUUGAGAAGAGAGACUCCUCGUCUGGGACAAAAUCUGUUUUGUAUGUUCUAUCAGAAAGCUAUGAUACAAUAUAGUCAGAUGAAAAGAAUCUCGCUACCAGCUUCCAACAUAAGCUCUACAGGAAACAUCCUUAACAAACUUGUGGAAAUGUCUUCAUUUUCUUGGUGUGAGCCCCAUAUUACCGGCUGCCUAUAGAUUGGGUCUAUAGAACAAAAGGAGAGGAAAGCAUUGCUUAAUUAAUCCAUUAUAAGCCAUCUGCUAGCUUAGCAUCAGGGAAGGUAUAGUGCCAUAUUGCCUGUGCCUGCUAACUGUAGGCCAAGUUAACAGAGAUGAAAAGGUUGGAGUUUUUGUUUAGCUUUGUUUUUUGUUUGACUAAUUUAGCCCAAAAUGUUCUACUCACUAACCCAUUCUCAGCAAUUGACAAUGACAAGUCAUUAAACUUGCAGAGGAUAUUAAAGACUUUUUGUAUAGAUGCAAGCCUGUUUAGCAAACCUUCCAAAUUCUACUUCUCUGAAUUUGCAGCUCUGCUAAAAUGUGAGACGUUAAAAGACAUCUGCCUACAAGAUUUUAAUUUUAAAGAUGUAAAAAAAAACAGGGUUCAAGACAAUACAGAGAACGGACAUCCGCUCAAAAAGCCUGCCCUUCCGUGGGUCCCUGCUCAGAUCUCGAGCUGGUUUUAGCCCAUCUUGUGCCAUUACAAAGAAUCAGCUCCAUUUGCAUAUCAGACAGAUUAUCAGACAGAUUCCACCCAAAAUGGCAGAAGAGAUCCAAAAUGCAGGCCAGGUCUCUCUGCACGAGUGAUACAGCAACCCCAGGCGAUCAUUUCAACCUUGUUAGGCAUUGUCAGUAUGGUAUAGCCAAUACUUCUCAAUGCACUGUGAGCAAGAGGUCCGAGGUCCAUGUCUGGAUCUUAAAGAUGCAUGCUAACAGGCUUCCUAGCAAAAGACCAUGCAGACGUACACCUUGCAAUUCCUUCAGAUAAUUUCUACCCAAUUCCUAGUUUACUGAAUGCAUACCUAGGAUAUUAUUGCAGAGUUUGGCACAAUUCACACUGUAGUCAAUACACCAUGUGUUAAGGAAAUCACCAGCCAAUCCUAUCAUACUUGGCACAAUAGUUAUUUUGGGAUGCUUGGCAAAGGUGUUGUAAACUGACAAUUUCUUUAUACUUACCUACUCACUUGCCCAGUAUUUGACUAGCCCAAUAUAUAGGUUAAAUCGUAAUGACUGCAACAUCUAUCAAACUAAGCUUGCUUUAAUACAAUACUUCUUAGAAAACUCUCUGCUUUAGUAAGUCUUUUUCUGAAACCUUUGUUUUGUUUAAUCUUCUCUCUUGGUUUGCUGCAAGUGUUUUAUUCCAUUCCUGACUUUUCAAUGGCUAUAUCUGUAAAAAAAAAUGUUAAAAAAUGACAUUCGUGUGUGUGUAUAAGGUUACAAGAUCACUGUCAAAGCUUCUAAACUUAGAGCGAAUGUUCUGUUUUCUCCUGCUCGUCAUUGAUUGCCAGCUGGCAGUGUCGUCAUGUCAGACAGAACGUGUAAAACUCGCGCAAACAGGGAUUAACUCUCGGUGCCCAUUCCUAAACAUUCUAUUUAGGUGGGCUUUGUAUAAAGGCCAGUUUGUGAAUGCAGCUUGUUGUGUUCAGGAAAAGUCCUGAGCGUGUUUGUUCUUGAAUUCAGUACCUGAGCACAGUGAAAUCCGAUACUGGCCAGGCAGACUAUGACGUACGCUGGGACUGACACAUUUCAACAGCUGAGCCAUUGUGACAGUCAGCGAUAUCUUAGACUCGAGUCACACGUAUAUGUGACACUGUACAACCUUUACGACUUUGCAACUUAAUGUCACAGUCUGGAAAGUCAAACUAAAAUAAAUUAUUGCUCGUUUUGCAGCUAUCAGUGUGUUACGGUGCCAGUGAUUUAGAUCUUUUGGUUUACCAAACACCGGGAUUAAUGAACGGGUAACCCAUCACCUCUUACAGAGAUACUACAAACAUACCUGCUGAUUGGCAAUGUGUAAUAGGAGUUGGUGGACUGCAGGUUUUCUAGUCUUGGUCUAAUAGUUUUCCAAGUUGCUUCUAAAAACAAGUUUGUUUGUUUUUAUUCGUUUUUUUUUUUGUUUGUUUUUUUUCUUUUGCUUCCGGAGAAAAUUUAGUUGAUAUUUGAUUAAUUUUACCUCCCUGGUACCAGAGCCUACCUGCAGUGGCAGACUUGUGCGGUCAGUGAUGGCUACACACCACCUGAUUCACGCUGUACUGAACUGUGAUAGCAGCUGCCAUUUUGCUGCUCUCAGGUUAUAGAGCAGGUCCGCUAUCCUAUAUGACAAGUGAUGUUGUCGCUGAGGAUUACACUACUUGUCCCAUAAAGCUCUACGGUGUGAAUAUCCUGCACGUGUAUACACCGUGUUACAUGUUUCUUGGAUCCCGUAUCAUAUGAAGAAUACAGUUUAUGUAUUUUCACCUGUUGGUUUGUAUCUCACAUUCUACCUUUUAAAUUCUUAUUGCCAACAUCUUUGGACCCUAACUCUCCUUGUCAUGAUUGGUCAUGUUUUCGAUUCUAGCAAAUUGGUCUGUAUUUCAUGUACACUUUAUUGGGUGGAAUAAUAGUGUCUGCUUUCUUGGGUGAUAUGUUCGACAUCUCAAAGCCUGUUUCCUGAUUGUCCUCUUUCACUUUCCAUCCUAUUUUAUAUCUUGAGAAAAGUCUGUGUUUGAGACUAAAAUGUCAGUAUUGUAUCAAUUUUACAUGCAUAUGAAGGAAUAAAGCAGAUGUGGCAUUUUCCAAAUAUAUAAAUAAAAUGUAUUCUAGUUCUAUAUGGUUUUGUCUUGUACUUAUUUUGUUGACAUUGAACAUCAGGGUUAGAAGGCAAGAAAGACACUUCUCUGUUUGACCCUCAGCAGCCGAUAUUAUCACUAAUGACACUUGAAUAAUUUGUGCCAGAUGCUCUACAUGUGGAAUCUCAAAAAUUCAGAGCACUUUUAAGUGUCUCUCCAGCAUCCAACAAGGUGGAUCAGCAGCAAUAUAGAAAAAUAUUAAAAUAAAAGUUUAUUAAAAAAAAAGUCAGUAUCAAUAAGGUUGCAUUAUUUUCAAAGCUUAUUGUUAGUUUAUUUUUUAUCUAUUUUUUUUUUCCCCCUCUGUUUCUUAAAAUCUCCCCAGUAAAGCGAUCGCUUGAGAUUUCUCCCUAUAUACACCUGUUCUCUCGGUACAUGCUCUGUGACAUAUGUUAUAAAGUGUUAACGCCUGUUUAUAUCCUUGCUAAUCUGCAUCUUCCCGUGGCUCACUGACCUCUGCUAUUAAUGCCUCACAUUUGGUAUAGCAUCAUCUAGAUUAUACAUUGUUUGGAUAUCUGAUCCACCGUCUUGUAGCUAAAGGGAAUUCUCUAUUCCUGCACUGAUUACAUCAGAAUAAACGUUCUGUAUUGUGAUUCUAAAGGAGUUUUGUGGUGUGAUGCAAAAGUUGUUUUUUUUGUUUUUUAAAUCAAAUAUUUUAGAGUGUAUAUUGGUUUUAUUUACCUAUAACAUUUUGAUCCAAGAUUUGACAUUUUCUGGGAAUUUUAUCAAUUUUCCAUCUUUUUCAGGCCCUGUAAAACUCUGCAGUUUUUCCUGUGGAAAUCAGCACAUCUGGGCAUGUGACACCAGUGGAGUUAUUUAUUUCCGAGUGGGUACACAGCCUUUGAACCCUAGUAUGAUGCUGCCUGCGUGGAUCAUGAUCGAGCCACCAAUUCAGGUAAGAUUUUAAGCCUUUGCGAUCAAUUCCUUUUUGCUUGAUAGACUGUUUGUAAAUUAAACACAAUCACUGCAAUACUUUAAACGCCUGAAGAUCUAGCAUUGUUUAAAAAGAAAUAAUCUGGUCCCAAUGUGCCUGUGGAUUGUCUUGAGUUGAGCAACUUGGUCUAUAUUAAACUUGAAAUGCAAAGAGAUUCUCAGGGUUAAAGGGACACUCCACUGCCCAAAUACAAAAUACCUAAAAAUUACAGUUUAGUAGAUGAUAUACCCCAAAUUAAAACUUGCGUGCAUUUACUUGUGCAUUUUUUUUCAGUGUGUGUAUGUGUGUAUAUAUGUGUGUGUGUGUGUGUGUGUGUAUAUAUAUAUAUAUAUAUAUAUAUAUAUAUAUAUAUAUAUAUAUAUAUAUAUAUAUGUGUGUGUGUAUAUAUAUGUGUAUGUGCAUAUAUAUAUAUAUAUAUAUAUAUAUAUAUAUAUACACACACACAAAAUACAGAAUCCAGCGCACUCGCUUAAUCACUAAACAAUGAUUUUAUAUAUAUAUAUAUAUAUAAAUAUAUAUAUAUAUAUAUAUAUAGAGGCAGAAGCUGCAGAUCUCUUGUCUGUGGCUAUCCAAUCGCAGACUUCCCAAUGCAGCUUAAUGAGAAGUCUUUGCGAAUACCAGUGCAAAUAAGCUAACCAAACCAAGAAGUUACAGGACCUUGAAUAGCCUGGAGGUGUAACCAGUAUAAUUUAUUUUCAAAAAAUUAAAUUUUCUAUUGAAAUCAGCACUUUUUCCAAAAUGAAAAAGGACCCAUUCUUCACACACAAAGCUUUUUAGCAAACUAAAGUGCAUUAGGGGUCUGACGUGCCCCUUUAAAUCAACACUCCUUUGGCCAAUUUAUUUUAAUCUCUAUUCAGGACAUAUACCCCCAAUGAAAACAUGCAUUUAUGUAAUUAUCAUUGGGUGAUUAUCUAUUGAAGUCAGUUCAUAUAAACUGUCACAAAUGUGACCGGCUCCAUACACCCGUGUUUGGCUUGUUCCUCUAACAGAGUCUGGCCAGUUUGCUUCUUUCAUUGGGGAAAAUUUGGGAUUGGAGUUUAAUGAAUAGCAGAAGAUGAAUAUUGUACAGAGUUUCAUCUCAUACAAAGUCUUGGUAAAUGGGCGUUUAUAGUGAUUAAUGGUAUAGGGACUGGGGAAAAUUAAGAUUACAAGUUACAUAAAUAUUAAAUUGACUUUUUAGGAGCUUAGAGGAACAUGAUGUUUCAUAUACUUUAGCGAUAAAAAUGUUAGAAAUCCGUUUUCUGAUUCUUAAUUGCCUUUCCAUGUAAUUAUUUUUUAGCCCCUGGAAAAACUGAUGCUUACUGCCCUUGUCAUCCUACAGAUAUUCUAAAGCCCGAUGAUGUUAAAUGAAGACAGUGUUCCAUAAUGAGACAUUGUCUUCUAACACCAGAUAUUAGAACAGCGAGUCGUUGCUUUAAGGGGUUAAUCUGUGGCUUGCUUUACACUUGUUUUGGAGUUUGUUUUUCUGGUCCGGUGGCUUACUAGAAGUUUUUGUUUGCAGGCACACCUGUGUAUAAAUCGCUGAAGAUAUACUAAUUUGUUGUAAAUGCUGACUGGUUGCUAGGCUGGUGGUCACAAAGCCUUGUUUUCUUUCGAUACUAUUGUAUAAAGAACAAUACCAGCUAAAUGUCUAGUGUAAACUCAAAUGGUGAUCAAUUGCAGACGGUUUCACCAGAGAUCACAAUUAGUAACUUUCUAUUGCUGUUAAAUGACAUUGAUCUGAAUAGUGCUUUAUGGUGAAUCUGUGCACGUCAUUGAUGUUUGGUUGCCUAUACUUGUAUCUCGGGUAGCAGGACAGUAAUUCUGAUGUCUUUGUUUGAAGACCAGCAUGAUUUUGGACCCUUACUCUCUUUACCUAAUGCUCAGAAUCCUGAUCUCACAUUCUGCUUAGAUUAAAUAUUUAGUUUUUCAGUAAAAACAUAUUUGGGGUUUGGUUUCUUAUCUUUCAAUCCUGGACACCGUUGGGCUGUAACUAUAUAUAAAUUAUUUUGUACAGUGGAUAUUGCAAUUCUGUUAUGUAGUCACCAAAAAUUCACUAUUUAGUGAAUUAGAAGCUUUGUCUGACUUGUAUAUUGCUGCCGCUUAUUAGUUCCUAUUUAAACAUAGAGAUUUUUUUGGGGGAAGGAGGGGUGUUAAUGCUGGAAGAUCUGACCAUACCAAACAGGCUAUCCAAUCUUUUCUAUAUGGAUGCUGGCAUCUUGUCCGAUGUUGCAUUCUUGGACCAGCACCUUGAGUUUUGUGCCAGAAUGCCUCCAAGAUGACUCAGUGCUGUAGUCCUAACAUCUUAGUGAUGUAAUGUGAGAAUCUACACAAAUCCUUUAAAUCCAAUUGUGCUUAUUUUAUCACAAGUAUUCAAAGGCAGUCUGUGGCCAAGAGCAUCCAUGAUAUCGCAGGACUCCGGAUUAGCAUUGCUUUCCAAGAAAGGUGGAAAUCCGAUAUAGAAUAUGGGCUGUGGCACAGUAAAAGGACUGAGAUGCGAAAGUUGAGCUCAAAUGGGUCUGGGCACUUUUACUUCUGUAAUUCAUUUUUUCCAUCAAUUUGGCACUGCAGCUAAAAAUGCUCAAAACGUCCUCCGUCGUUGCUAGAGAAGAAUGAAGUCUUUUGUUUUUUGUUAUGAAUUACUGUAAUUGCGUUCAGACAAGACAGUCGUGUUUUGUUUUUUACACUAAAGUCAAAAUCUGUCCAUGGAGCAAAAACAGGAGUCUUGUAAAGUGCAACAUAUUUUAUGCUCUUCCAAUAUAUAUGAUGGUAAACUCCGGGUAUUGUACACAUGGCUUCUUUCAUAUUGCAAUAAGUUAUUUUAUUUAUUAUCCAUGUUCACUGUUUAUUUUUCUGUUUCUAGCCGGUAGGAAUCAACCUGGUUCGAGUCUUUUCCAGUCCCAAUGACUGCAUGCUCUGGACCAUUGAUAACAAAUACAAUGUUUACGUAAGGAUUGGAAUAACCGAAGAAAUGCCCGUUGGAAUAGACUGGGAGCAUGUACCGGGUAUGUUUUUGUAAUUUAUUUGCUUUAGUUGCCAUUCUGUGCCAUUUCUAGGCAGGUUGCCAUGUGCGUUUGGAUGUAGGAAUGGGGGCAUCUGAGGUGGGGAGGGGGCUGAGUGCGUGUGUCUGAAUGUGGCUUGUUUGUGUGAAGGUUUGACAGCCACCCCUUCUUGCUUUACUUUCCUGGUGGUCCAAUGGUGGUGAGUUAGAUACAUGGUGGUCUUGUGAGGGAGCUUCAUAGACUGUGCCUAUGCUUUAAGAGAACCUUUGCGUCUGUGGCGCUCUGAAUCGUCGAAGUUGCGUGGGCACCAGGGUCUGUACCUGAUGCUGCUACAGGCUACAAUGCUCCACACUGACUCAAGGGGCUCCCACUAAGACCCAGAGCUCCAGGGCCAGACGGGCCUGUCUUGGUAGCCUAAUAGGUAAUCCGGCUUUAUUCUGUGACUCUAAUUAUCCCUCGCUUUUGCUCAAUUCUUCAUGCUGAUGAUGGAUUCUGUACUAGGUCCAGAAUUUUAAGAACAUUUUUAAAUCCUUUGUUAUAAGAGAAACAUUUAGACAUUUUAACAGGGAGCUGUUAAAUGACCCCAGCUUUUUUUUUUAAAAUAAUUAUAUAGAUAAUGCAUAACAAAAUGCAAAGGUUUAUCAGAUAAGUAGUUUAUCCCCAAAGAGCAGGUCCCCUAAUUACAUAGAAUGAGUGAAACUGCUCUAAAAGCAUCUAGCCAUACCAGAGCUAGCACAGAUCUUUAAAUGGUAAACUGGACUAUGUGCACCAAUCGGUAGAUCAGUGUAAGGUGUUUUUAUUUUAUUUUUUGCUCUUUUUGUGUGCGAUGGAUUGAUAUUUGGCACCUGCAACUGAUUAUCAGCCUGCCCAAUUCAUAGCUCUGAAGCACUGGGUUGGAGCUGCACCAGGUUUUACUAUCGAGUAUCAUGUUGGUCACGACAGGUGCAUUUUUAUGACAUGUUUUGUGUGGAUCUCAGCAAAACAUUUGGCUCCUCGUGGCUCACAAGACAAACAGAUUACAGUAUAGUCUGUCCAUGCGGGGUUUGUGUCUUAGCCUGGGAAAUGUAUUAACCACUUACGUGUCAUGCCUCCCAAAUGGCUUAGUUUAUUUAUUUACACGAUGCAAAGAUUUCUAGAAUGAUUCUCUCUUUACUUUCUCUCUUUAAGUGUGAAUUCCAGGCUUAUUUACUGAAGUGUGAAUUGGUGGGAAUUUAAAAGUGAAUUUUACAAUUGUAGGCUAAAAUAAUCAAACUGGAAUAAUUAAUCUUCAGUCAGCUGUGUUUUCAAUUUGACUACUUUGGCCUAAAAUUUGAAAUACACUUUGAUUUUCACGCUUUAAUGAGUAACCUGUAUGCAAAUGAUAUUUCCCCCCAAAAAUAAGCAAGAACGUUACCGCAAGCUCAAAAUCAUUAACACGAGGAACGUCUGCAUGGACCCCAUUAGUAGAAAAGGUUUCUAUACAAAAAUGUGUUCAGGUAACACAAGAAAACAACAUUUAUUUUGUGAAAUUGUAUUGCCUUUAUCGCGCUCUUUACCAAGAGACUUCCUUUCCUCUGAUCAUUUCACACACAGGAUUGCAAGCCUGUCAGCUAGCUGUAAGUACAAGAACAGUGUGGGCGCGCUGUCCGAAUGGAGACAUUGCAAGACGCUACGGCAUCACCGAAAAGAACUCUGCUGGAGAUUACUGGAAAAAGAUCCCCGGAAACGCGGCCUGGUUAUCAGGCAAGUUCGUUAGUGUAUCUGGGUUUAAUAUGUCCUUCUUUUUAUUUAAAGUAAAGAUUUAAUUAUGCCUGUUUGCAGCUGGGGAGACUUUACAUUUGCUAUUUUCAGAGGCCAAUAUGAGGGUUGUGCGGUACACUGGCAAUGUCACAAGCUUGUUGUGUUGGCCCUCCCACGUUCAUUGCAGGAGCUGGGGGAUCACCAGACCUGCAGGACUAUUGCUAUUUAUAUCGUGUUUAUAAAUAACUAUUGAUAAAUGACCCGUCCUGCUGUGUAUGCCAAAAUAUAUUUAGAGAGAACACUCGAAUUUCUAUGGCUUUUACACAACACACACAAAUGCAAAUACAUUCAUGUACCAAAGUACACAUACCGGUAUGUACCCUACAGGUUGGCUGAGCAUUGGUAGUUUGGAGUGACAUGGUCCAUCACUGUCCGUGUAACUAUAGACAAAUUGCUGUGCAGUAAUGUCGUGGCUUUUUUUUUUUUUUUUUUGGCACACAAAUAUAUGGAUACGGCAACACUGCAAUGUAUGUGUCAUGUUCUGCCGAAAACGGCAACAUCUCUUAAAGUGGCAGCAGGCAUUCCUGUAUAACUAGAGUACUGUUAAUUGUCAUAACAUUUCCACAAAUCUUCUACAUCUGUCAGUCAGCACUAAAAUACUGAUAUUGACAAAUAAGAAUACACAUGUGCAGUGAUAUCCUCUUCAUUACAGCUAUGGCCAUGGUUGAUUUUGCGUAACCUCCUUUAUAUCAGUCUGGACCUUUAUGGUGUUGUGCACGCCUGGAGUUUGCUCCUUGCACAGUUUACGGCAAUAAUUCCUUGUUGUCCGGGUCAUUGUUACUUGGAAUGACGUAGUGCAUUCAGCUAGUUUUGUACUGAUACUAUACAGUGAAAUCCUUAUUUUACAUACAUAUGACUCGAUCAGUGUGUUUGAUGUCCUCCAGGCCGUAGCCUACUAAGUUGUCUCCAAGAACCAGCACAUUGAUGUUGGAAUAGUACAUACAUGUUGGAAUAAUGUCACAGCUUCUACAUAAAUGGAUGAAUGUUUGUAACCCAGGUUCCUUAAAAAUAUUUGCCAAAGGUCCAGCAGUAACCGUUUAGACCCUGGUGAUGGCCAUGUGGCACCUAGAACCUUUCACCUUUUGUUAAAUCUACUUUUUACUGUUGGAUACUAGGGCCAUUUAAUGUAUCGCCAUUUUUAGAUGAAUUGUUUAACUCUUAUUAAGUCACCCCACUACACCACAUAGGAAUACCACUAAGGGUCGCUUCUUGACAUCCCAUUUAAAAAAGCGAUAGAUACUUUUGUGGGUUGUUAAUCAGACUCCUGAUUAGACUCCACUUGUCUAGUCUGAUGUACUAAUUUACUUAUGUUUCAGCUAAUUAUUGCUUCAUUACAGUGACCACACUGGAUGAGCUGUGGGCAGUGGAUACAAAUGGCUAUCUUCUCCAGCGACUUACCAAGACCUACAGUCAUCACCCCAACAUUCCCUUAAACGACACAUAUCUUUUGCACUCUGAUUUUGAAGAUGAAUGGGAGGUGAUCUGAUGUAGUUACUGAGGAUGGCUGCUGUGUGAUAUUCAAUAUGCUGCUAUAAGCCUGUGUUGUCCUUAUUAACAUUUCAUGUGUAUAUAUACGCACUUUGCCUGGUCCAUAACAUUUCCAUCUGCUGCACCCGUGCUCUUGUUACAGAGACACAAGACAAAGCUGUAUAUUGUUUUGGUAUUAUUUGGUGUUGUAUCAAUCUGUGUUCCACCCAUGCAUGAAUAAAAUGCAUAGCAUAUCCUAACAAGGCAGAUUAAACAAACCGCACAACUGAUCCUUCUACAAAGUGGAAUUUUAGCCCAUCCCAAAAGGGAACAGGGAUACCCACGGAAGAAAAUUACCUUUUUAAAAGUCAAAAUGGUAAACCUGCUUUACACAAAAUCCAAUCUUUAGAAGUCUUGCCCUGAAAAUACAGCUGUUGUAAACUGCCUUUCUUCUAAUAGGUUUGGAAAUUAUGUGAGAGAUCACAUGUGUAUUUUAUAUUCCUAUAAUUGCAUUUCAUGACUUGUAUCACAAAACAAAUGAAUUGUAAAAACGGUCCCAGGAUUAAAAUGUUAUGUUUGAGUAUCCCUAUAUUUAUCAGAUAUGUACUUGUAAGGUGUAAAAAUAAAUGUAGAAAAUCCACACCUCUCUAUCCUGCACCUGGCACUCCACAUAGAGAAGAGGACAAAUGAAACAAUGUUUCUAUUCCUCCUUCUCAUUUGCAUUGUGUGCCCUGGCUGUGCCUUGUCUGAACUGGAUGAUGUCAUCUGCUAAAUCUUUUUUAUAAAUCUUUUAUUAUUUCCAUUUUUUUUUUCUGUAGUUUUAAGUAAACCAUUCAUUAUAAUGAAAUGUUUUUUUUACUCUGCUGCGCAUGCACGGUUAAUUUCAUUAAGUAGCAAUUAGGGAUAUUGUGUGGGUAUAAUGGACGUUUAGUUAAAUUCAUCAAACUGCAAUAAAGAUACUUUUCUAAUAUGAAUAACUAUAGGUAACCGCAAAAUUAUAAUUUUGCUAUUGUGAUAACCAGAGUAGACACAGAAUUAGUUAACGUUUAUGAUCUUUAUCUUUAACCUAUUGUGCUACCCAGUUUGUGACUUGCUCUCUCAAUGAAUGCCAGCUUCAGCACAGCAACUACAGUGGGUCAGACAGGAGAUAUUCCAGGAUUUAUGGACACAAGAUUGCCAGUAGUAUCUCUGCUGGGCUUGUGUCCAAGAUGUCUGUAGAAUAAGGUCUAUUCGUAUCGUAGCAUUUAGGUUCUGUCUAAUUUAGGGAUUUAUUCCACAAACAGAAAGUUAAUGACUGGUUUACAAAAUGUAAGCUAAAAUUGCAGUUUAUUUGAAAGUGAUUUUUUUUUUUUUUUCACUGCUUGGAAUUCUGGUUUCAAAGUGGCAUAAAUGUAUACUGGAAGCAGCCUCUUAAAUGUAGAACGUAGUUGUCUGCCUUGUGACAUUAUAUAGGAAGUAUUAUUUGAAUUUAGAUCACAUGUUAUCUGAAGUUCUCCAGCCUUGCCGUUAAUUGUCAGUUUAAAGCUCCGUGGUUUCUCACGUUUCAAACACUGCAUUCACUCGCCAUAAUGCUUUUCUCCAAGUUUGACGUGCUAAAGCACUAUAUUGACUUGAAAUUGGCCAUGAUCAUUCUCAUCUAGAACGCUAAUGUUACCCAGUUUAGUCCAUUGGUGGGUUUUCAGGCCUGCGUUACUACUCAUUCUUACAGACUUAAAAGACUUUCAUUGUGAUUUUGUGCAACUGUUGUAAAUAUUAAUUCACCUUAUUCACCUGACUUGGUUUCCCACUAUAUUUAUAAAUUUGUGAUUAGUCCCACGGAUUCUGGUGAGCACUUUGGACCUGUGCGUUUUGUGUACUUUAGACCUAUUUGCUGCUGGAUAGAAAUUAAUAUUUUCGGUUGCACACAGGAGUUCUGUUAAGUAGUCACUGGCUUAGGGUUAAUGGUAUCUUACAUUUUGUUCGAAAAUAGGUAACCGGCCUCUGAUUUCUAAAUGAUAUAUAGAUUUGCAUUUCAGGUUUUAUCAGUUUACUGUAACUUGUUCGAUAUAUGCUAUGUGAUCCCCUUUUAAAGAUGGGGGUUUUAGUGAAACUAAUGUGCUAAUUUAUUAUUCAGACCUGUUUAGCUUUAAUAUAUAUACUGUUUUAACAGUUUUAUUAUUGUUCAAAUAAAAUAAUAAAGUUGUUUGGCACUGUGUGCUUAUUUGCAUGUGA